AUGGGUCUCUGUGUUUCUGUUGCUCGAAACGACUGCGAUUCAUCGCCGACGGCUAAAAUCGUUACGGUUAACGGCGAUCUCCGGGAAUACGACGUCCCGGCGUUAGCGUCUCAGGUUCUCGAAGCGGAAUCGAUGGCUUCUUCUUCCUCCUCUUCGUCUCGGUCGUCUUCUUAUUUUCUCUGCAAUUCGGAUUCUCUCUAUUACGACGAUUUCAUCCCGGCGAUCGAAUCGGAUGAGAUUCUCCAGGCGGAUCAAAUCUAUUUCGUUCUCCCGAUCUCCAAACGUCAGUACCGCCUCACGGCCUCCGACAUGGCGGCUCUCGCGGUGAAAGCCAGCGUCGCGAUCGAGAAAGCCGCGGGAAAGAAAAAUCGCCGGCGUAAGAGCGGGAGGAUCUCGCCGGUGAUGAUGAUGAACAAGCCGAAUAAUAACGUCGUCGCUGUUAAUAACAGAAUUGCAGGCGAAACGAUGAUGAUGCAAAAAGGAAAAUUACCGAAUAGAACGACGCCGUUUAAGGCUACUGCCGGUUCUUCCCGGUCCGGUUCGGUUCGGAGAUUGAAAAGAUAUGCGUCUGGGCGAGCUCGGUUUGCGGUUCGAUCGUUUAGAAAACUCUCAACCAUAUACGAAGGAACAACAGUCGCUUAG